AUGAAGGAAUCUGGUGCAUUGCGCGUAUGCAUAGAUCCAAAGCCACUGAACGAAGCCCUUAAGGGAGAGCGAUAUCAAAUUUCUGUCAUAGAUGAUUUACUACCUGAUUUGUCAGAGGCUCGUGUAUUUUCCAAGGUUGACCUGGCAUCCGCAUUUUGGCAUCUAGAAUUAGACGAAUAGUCAAGCAAGCUGACAACGUUUUCUACCCCCUACGGAAGAUUCUGGUGGUUGCGCCUGCCCUUUGGUUUAAACUUGUCCAGUGAGAUUUUCCAGAAACGUCUCAACCAAGAGCUCCUGAGACUGGAAGGAGUGAGGUGUAUCGCAGAUGACAUCCUUGUCUACGGUACGAACUGGAAAGACCACGACCAAAACUUCUAUAGGCUACUGGAACGGUGUAAAGAAAAGAGCAUUAAGUUGACCAAGGACAAAUUGAAGUUCAAGUGUAAAGAGGUCUCAGUCCAUGGUUAUCUUCGCACCAAUGAAGGUUUGAAAGUCGACCCAGGUAAAGUGAAGGCGAUUAUGUAG